GCCAUGUUACUGUUAGCUAAGUCAUAAAGACAGCAUGUUUUCUCCCAUUUUAUGGUGUCUUUCACCUUUAGACAAUAAUAUUCUAUCCUAAUUACAUGUUGCCUCCCUAGCUAGCUGAUCACCAAACGUACCGUCAAAUAUACCUGAUCUUCCUUUCACCUCCUUGAGCCUGAAUGAUCAGUAUGAUGACAUCCAAGAAGACGAGAGGCUUCAUGUGCCAGUCUCCGGCAGCAACUGCAGUGUGCAUGGCCAGCGGUUCUCGCUCGGUGAUAGUGCCCAGAAGGUCUGAGAGAACUCUGAAUGACAAUAAACGGUUAAUCAAGAAUGCCAAGUACUACUCUAAGCUUGUUGAUCUGUCCCCUGGGCUCGCUCUGGCCGGUAAUAAGAGAUCAUCGGAGUCUCUGCCACGCAUAAAAAGAGGCGGAGUACAAGAAACGGACCUCGAUCAUCGGGCAAAGCCCCCAGUACAGAAACAUUCUUCAUUGGUUCCCUCAGACCAUGUCUUCCAGGUUGUUGUGAUGCGUGUAUCAAUUCAUUGUCAAGGCUGUGCUGGCAAAGUUAAGAAGCAUCUGUCCAAAAUGGAAGGGGUUACAUCGUUCAGUAUAGACGUAGAGACAAAGAGAGUGACGGUGAUGGGACACGUUUCACCGGUUGGAGUCCUGGAGAGCAUCUCAAAGGUGAAGAAGGCAGAGUUUUGGCCAUCAUGUUAACCAUCAUCGAUCAAUGAUGCAUCCAUCCCAUGCCAUGUUAUAUAAUAUUUACCUCAAAUGGAAGCUAUAUAUGUAUAUUUAUAUAUGAAGGAGAAGGACAAGUUUGAUGUGUUUUAAUUAAUUAUAUGAAGAGUACUUGGAAGUCCCAAGUCACCAACUACCA